CAUGCGUGCUUAUAAAAGGGAUAUAUGCAAUAAACAUUUCAGCCAUUCCGUGGUUUCAUUCAGUUUAUUCGAAGAAGGAAGCUUUGUGUCUUCCCUGGGAGUCUUCCAGCGCGGGUGAGAUUUCACCACCUUGACCGGUGAUAGCAAUUUGAUCAGCUGAUUGUCAAGCUUCAGGAGAAUUGAGUAGCAUUUCGAACUAAGACCAAUGGCAGAAUCCAGAUGCAUUAUGUCCACAAUGAGGGGUUGACCGUCUUAAUCUAUUGGUGUGUUCUUUGAUAACAGGUUUGUGACAUUCAUUGAGGAUGGCACCAAAGAUACGUGAAGAAGUGUUGAAUGCUGAUGGUCCUGACCACUGCGAUCUGGUACAAGAAGCUGUCUCCCAGCCGAUCGAGGACCCAACCAAGCUCCCGCCAAGGUGCAGACAGCUGGUUUGGAGGAACAUCAUCCUAUUCAUAUUUCUACAUCUUGGAUCUCUCUACGGAAUCUACUGCCUGUUCUACUCCAAUUAUCUCACAUUGCUAUGGGCUGCAGUCUUGUACCAGAUCGGCGCCCUGGGUGUGACGGCCGGAGCUCAUCGGUUGUGGUCCCAUCGAACCUACAAAGCCAGGCUGCCCGUUAGAAUCUUCCUAGCGAUGGCAAACUCGGUCUCUUUUCAGAAUGAUAUUUUCGAAUGGGCUCGUGACCACCGGGUCCAUCACAAGUACACGGAUUCGCACGCUGAUCCCCACAAUGUGAAUCGAGGCCUCUUCUUCGCUCACAUGGGCUGGCUGCUUGUGAGAAAACACCCUGAUGUGAUUGCCAAGGGAAAAGCGCUGGAUCUGAGUGAUCUGAAGAGUGACCCUGUAGUUAUGUUCCAGAGAAGGUUUUACAUUCCCAGCAUCAUGCUGCUGUGUUUUACCAUCCCGACGAUCGUGCCGCAUCUGUUGUGGGGAGAGUCCAUCGCCAAUGCCUACUUCGUCUGCGCCUUGCUGCGGUACACCCUCACCCUGCACGCUACCUGGUGUGUCAAUAGUCUUGCUCACGCACUUGGAAUGAAGCCCUACGAUCGCUUUAUCAAACCUGCGGAGAACAUGCUGGUUGCUUUUAUGGCGAUGGGUGAAGGCUUUCACAACUAUCACCAUACGUUUCCCCAGGACUAUUCCACCAGCGAAUACGGCUGGAAGAUCAACUCCACAACGAUGUUUAUUGACUUUAUGGCUGCGAUAGGCCAGGUUGAAGGAAGGAAGAAGAUAUCUAAGGAGAUUGUGAUGAAAAGGAAAGAAAGAACUGGUGCUAAGGAGCUUUAGGAUUCAGAAAGUUUACAAAGAAUUGUUUAUUCUGAUACUAUUGUGUUCAUUCAAGUUUUGUACAGGAAAGAUUUUGUACUGUUCAUGAACUUUUGUGCAUUGGAUCUUGAAGACUCGUGGGAUACUAAAGCAGACAUGAAAAGGGAAUCUGAGCUUGAUGUGAAAAAUAAUUACUCACUUUAGUAUAUGCUAUAAGGAGUUACAACAUUGCUAACAAGGUGAUUGCCGGUGUGGCGGGGAUAGUAGUCCUAGGGCUGAUAGCCCGUGUAACAAUAGCCCGCAUUGCUAAAUGUUUUGGUUAGGGUUAGCGGUACAAUAGAUCAUGCUGCUUAAUUGGUCAAAUACAAUGCUACCGGACUAUGACUCCAGGGGGACUAUAUCUGCUGUCACACCGGCCUGGUUUGCUCCAUGAUACGAGUUGUUCGGGUAUAAAAAGGAAAUACUUGAUGUUAAACGCUACUUUAAUGAUUUUCAACUCGGUGUUGCCAAGCUAAGGGACUUUCACAUGAAACAGUCGUUGAACUUUGUUUCUUAAAAUCAUCCCGCACUUAAAUGUGUCUUUUCCACGAUACAGGCAUUCUAAUUGAUGGUGGCAUAUGGUCAGCUCCUUGGCUUGGUACAUACGUAGAAAUGAUUUGAACCCGCGUGGUGACGGGAUGCCAUAAUCUUUUUGGUCUUGCACUCAUGCGGAAAUGGGAUGAACACAGAAUGCAUUUGUAUUUUUUUGAAUUCCACAAUAUAGUGGUGCUGUUCUAUGACUGAUAUCGAUAAUUCACUAGCAUCUUGUACAACGCUUAUUGGACCAGCAUUUUACUUUCUAUAGUAAGUUCUGUAUUUUCGUAAAAACCAGUGACAUAUCAGUUUCGGAGAGAGAGAGGUGAAAUUAUCUUGGGAUAGUCUGUGGAUAGUUGUUUGUAGCUGAUGAGUCUGGCCUACCGACGGAGGUGGUAUCACAGGUCGUAGCCUCCGUCACCUUCCUCACCUAGCAAACCAAGAGUUUCGACAAGACUUAGUACUGCAGUGAUACUAUGUCGUCGUACUUGUCAAGGGGAACUGGCCGUCGGAAAUAAAUGAGCCUUAACCCUUUUUGGUGCCAUGUAAUUUCAAGGCUCUUUUCACUAGAAUCAGAGAGAAUAAUAUGAUCAUUUCAUUGUAUCGUUGAUCAUCAUAGUUAAAGACUGUAACGCGCUUACGAUAUUUGGAUAAUCAUUACCAACCAUUUUACUUGGUCUACUCUGGUGCGAGCUGCAUGAAAGGUGCCAAGGCAUCGUAGUAAUCCCAGUCUAUAUUGAAGGUUCGAAAUUAUAGCAGACCUUGACCUCUAUGCAUACAUGUCUGCCAACACCACAGUCAUCCUUAGGAUAUCAGGGUUCUCCGACUCACACAAGGCCGGAGAAGCGAACAAUAUCCGAUCCCCUCUAUCAGUCUAUGGGGUUUUGGAAAUUGCAGGAAAAUGCUUGUCAUUUCAGCCUCGUCGCAUUUAACGUUGUCAAAAGUCUGUAUGUCAGUAUCAAAAAUAUAUAAGCGAGCUCGCCUUAUAAAUUUUUGUCAAUAUGUAUAAUGCAUCUGCCAACAUGAUGAUCACCUGUAUCAUGCCAUUUAGUAGGUGAUUCGAGCGAAAAGGACGGUAUAUGGUGUCUACAAAGGCGCACAUGCAGCCUCACUGUUAAUCCUAGUCUGUCGUAUCCUGCUCCCCUCGCACACUCGGUCGUGAGUCUAUAUGUGCCGAGUCAUGGCCUGAAGUACGCGUCCUAGUUCGAAAUAUCGAAGUACAUUAUUGAAAACCACUGCGGGUUAUACCAUGAUGUCAGGGGACCAUUGCUUUUCUCGUAAUCAAGGUCACUAUUUAUUGAUAACCUUUUGGAGGUUUGCGUUGGCAUUUAACCCGGGUUGCUAAUCUCAUUUAACUUCUUAUCACAUGUAUUGGUUGGUGGCACAUGAUGUCGUGAUACCACAGAAACCGGGACAAAACCCGGCAGUGCUUCUAGUCUGUGAUAGUUCUGCAAAGUGUUAUGCGAUCUUAGAAAAGUUUGUAAAGGUUCAGUAGCCCUGUGCAAUAACUGCUGAUGGUUACAUAGGCCUAUGUUUAACAUCCGUCGAGUUACUAAGUCAAAGUAAAAACAUUGAGAGUGGUGGUGUAUGGAAUCUAACAUAAGGCAUGUAUAUUACUUAGUAUUUGCGACGCCAUCUGCAUUUGGUGUCAUAAUGUCAUACCUGCAGAGCUCGGUUGUCACGCCGCGAUGCGGGUAUAGUAGUGGUCAUCGUUAGGCCAAUGCCGCAAGUUGAUCACUGUUUCUUGCCCAAAUGAUAAUAAACUUUCAGUGGCCAUUACUUGAAGGAUUUACUACUUCUUCAAAAUUUGAUAGAACAUGACAGCUGAGAGAGAAACGGCGUCUUUAUGUUUUGAUUUGUUGUAAAUAUUGAAUGUAUCCAUAUAUUGUUAAUAUUAUUUUGAACUUACUUGCACUUAGUUGCUGGUAUUUGGUUUGAGGAUACUUUAACUGAAGAAAUUGCCAUGAGCUGUAGACAGGCCUUGUGGUAUAUGAGGCGUCAGUUUCGUGGAGAUAAUUUUGUAGAUAUCCACAGAUGCAUGCGUCAAGUGUUGAGUGGAACUAUAAACGUGUAUACUGAGACGCAGCAGUAGACCGAUCCGUUUCGAUCUUCAAAGGAAUCCAGACCGAAUCCCUGUACGUCCUUUGGACGCCGCAGGUGCCAUCUAUAUAGGUCACCUGCAGAUGAGAGAUUAUUGGUGGACUGCACAUAGCAGCGAUUAUAAUCACAGGUAGCUGCGAUUUAAAGCGCUCGUUUGCAGGGCGCUUUUAACGUACAUAAUUGUAGCCUAACUUAUUGAUCGGUUCAGUGGCCAGUUUAGAAGACGAUUGGAAAUAGAAUAGAACCGAACACUCGGUUUGUUCUCCAUAGAAUGUUUUAUAAAGAACUGCGGACAGCGUAAUUGAAUCCGUUAUUGAAAUUGUUAUUGUCCAUUUUUGUUUCAUUUAUUUCGAUCAUCCCAUGUGUACAUUAACCUGUCCCUGUCCAAUUUCUUCCGCGUUUAGACUUCAGAAAAUGUGCUUUUCAGGCAAUAUAAAACUAGUUCGUUGAAA